AUGGACAGUUCAAGUGAAACCGGAAGCGACAGUGAUUAUUUCGAUGAUGCAAACAGCGGUUCGGAAACGGGAGAUGGCGAAAGCCAAACAUCCGACGAUGAUGAUGAAAUUGAUUUAGAAAACCUAAAAUUAGACGAUGACUCCACAUGGAAAAGUUCGUAUACUUCCCGUUCUGGAAUGAUUUGGUCCUCAACUCCUCAUCAUUCAACGAAAAAUGAUUUUUCGAAUGAUGUUAUUCAAAAAGCUGGUCUUACAAAUACCAGUGAAAAUAUUUCAUCUGUCGAAGAUGCAUUCAUGUGUUUUAUGCCAAACAAACUUCUGGAAAAAAUCUUGGAUUAUUCAAACUUGGAGUAUACUCACAAGAAUACCUCCACGAAAAAAAUUGAAGAAAUAACACUCAUAGAAUUGAAAGCAUUUAUUGGACUUUUAUUGCUUGCUGGUUUAUUGGGGAAAUCGAAGAUCGAUCUGAAAUGCUUAUGGAGAAGAAGUCCAUUAGAACCGCCAAUAUUCAAAGCCACUAUGUCAAGAACUCGUUUUCAGGAUAUUAUUUCUUGUUUGAGAUUUGACGACAAAAGAACAAGGGAAGAAAGAAAACGAACAGAUAAAUUUGCAGCAAUUCGUGAAAUCUGGUCAUAUUUCCAAAAUUGCUUACAAACAUGUUACACACCGGGAUCAAAUGUUACUAUUGAUGAACAACUACUAGGAUUUAGAGGAAAAUGUUCCUUCCGUCAAUAUAUGCCAAAAAAGCCUGACAAAUACGGAUUAAAAUUUUGGCUAUGCGUUGAUGUGGACUCACAUUAUGUAUUCAAUGCAUUUCCUUACGUUGGACGACAACCGAAUGAGCAAAGACAAACACAGAUAGGUGCCGAAGUCGUUCUAGAAUUACUCAAACCACUUUACGGCUUCCAAAGAAACGUUACAAUAGAUAAUUUCUUCACAAGUGUUCCAUUAGCCCAAACGCUUCAAACAAAGAAUCUGACUCUUAUAGGAACACUGCGAAAAAACAAGUCAGAAAUACCUAUCGAGUUUCAAUCCAACGAAAAUCGUGAAGUGGGUUCUUCGCUCUUUGGUUUCCAAGAUGGUUUAACCUUAGUUUCAUUUGUCCCAAAACAGAAUAAAGCUGUUUUAUUGCUCUCCUCAAAACAUCACGACAAUCAAGUGGACAAUAAAACUGGAAAACCGAUCAUUAUAUUGGAUUAUAACAAAACAAAGGGGGCUGUCGAUACUGUUGAUCAAAUGUGUCAUAAAUACACGGUAAAAAAUAUUUCAGUAUUUCUAUAGCUUAUUUUACUUUUCAGGUAAAACGAGGUACAAAGCGAUGGCCAGUUUGUAUUUUCUAUGGGAUGAUAGACAUUGCUGCCAUAAAUGCUCUGAUUGUCUGGAAAGUGAAAAAUCCUCAAUGGAAUCAGAAUACAAAUCAUAAACGUCGAUUAUUUUUGGAAGAAUUAGGAUUAGCACUGGUAUCGCAUCUGUUGGAUUUUCGUUCGAAGAACUCGAAAUUUUUGAACACAGAUAUUCUAAAUGCUUUAGCAAUCGUCGGUUAUCCUGUGUCGAAGAACGAUCCGGCAGAAGCGAAUGAAAAUCCCACUCAACCAAAACGAAAAAGGUGCUCCAUUUGUGAACGUUCUACGGACAAGAAAACAUCAAUUCAAUGUUUCAGUUGUUCUUCGUUCGUUUGUAGUGAUCAUUCUGUCAAACGUGUCUUUUGUAUUAAUUGUUCUAAAUAAGGAACAUCGUUCUCAUUUUUUUCUAUAGAAUAAAACAAGAAAAGGUCAGAUCUUACGAAAAUAUUGGCUGAAAAGUAAAAGGAUUAUUAAAAAAGAACACAUGUCAUCAAAAUCACGGUUAAAAGAGGCCGGUACUCCAAGGGUUAAUCAUACCCACGCACCCACACCCACACCCACACCUACACCCUAAAAAUUUAGGGUUAUUAGUUUCAGACAUUGUCCUUUCGAAUACACAUAAAAAAUCAAAAAUUUAAAUUUUCACGAGUGCUUCGGUUCCUUGAUGCUGUCAUGGACCCUCUCUUAAGAAUUAAUCCCUGUUGCAAAAGUCUCCGUGCAAAAUGUUUGUUCAUUUUUUGGCCACUUAGAAAUAACUUACGAAAAUGAAAAGUAGGCAGUUAGAAUCACAACUUGAUACUUUCUCUAAAAGUGUACUCACAAGAUUUUUCUAACUUGAAGUUGAAUACUUGAGAGGAAAUCUUUGAUGGGGAGCAAAAAUGACAUUUGUACAAAACACUAGUUUCAAAAGUCUUCGUAAAUAUGUUUGCUGAUUUUUCGAACAUCUAAAUGUAAUUGAAGAG